CGAGCAGAGGAAAGUUGCUGGUGUGGAGCAGCGCGCGGCUCGCGGGCCCCGCCUCUCCAGGCACCUGAAGUCUCCGCGCGCCGCGGCCCUGGGCGUUCGCCACUAGCUGCUGGGAGCCGCCGCCCGCGCCCUGUCUCGCCGUCCGCACCGUCCCGCCUCGCGAAUAACAAUAAAAGAAUCUGGAAAAGUUGAAGAGAAAGUAUAUUCAGUAUACAAAUCGAGAUCAAAAAACCAGGAAAUGCACAAUUUUGAGGACGAGUUAACAUGUCCCAUUUGUUACAGUAUUUUUGAAGAUCCUCGUGUACUACCAUGUUCUCAUACAUUCUGUAGAAAUUGUUUGGAAAAUGUUCUUCAGGCAUCUGGUAACUUUUAUAUAUGGAGGCCUUUACGAAUUCCACUCAAGUGUCCUAAUUGCAGAAGUAUUAUUGAAAUUGCUUCAACUGGUAUAGAAUCUUUACCUGUUAAUUUUGCAUUAAGAGCAAUUAUUGAAAAAUAUCAGCAAGAAGACCACCCAGAUGUUGUCACCUGCCCUGAGCAUUACAGGCAACCAUUAAAUGUUUACUGUCUACUAGAUAAAAAGUUAGUUUGUGGCCAUUGCCUUACUAUAGGCCAACAUCAUGGACAUCCUAUAGAUGAUCUUCAGAGUGCCUAUCUGAAAGAAAAGGAUACACCUCAAAAGUUGCUUAAACAGUUAACUGACACACACUGGACUGAUAUCACUCAUCUUAUUGAAAAGCUAGAAGAACAAAAAUCUCAUUCUGAGAAAAUGGUCCAAGGUGAUAAAGAAAUUGUUCUCCAGUAUUUUAAGGAGCUUACUGAUAUAUUAGAACAGAAAAAAAAAUUUUUCCUCACAGCGCUCUGUGAUGUUGGCAAUCUGAUUAAUCAAGAAUACACACCACAGAUUGAAAGAGUGAAGGAAAUAAGAGAGCAACAGCUUGAGUUGAUGACAGUGACCACAGCUUUACAAGAAGAGUCUCCACUUAGAUUUCUUGAAAAAAUUGAUGAUGUCCGCCAGCGCGUGCAAAUGCUAAAACAAAGACCACUCCCUGAGGUCCAGCCUGUUGAAAUUUACCCUCGAGUAAGCAGGAUAUUAAAGGAAGAAUGGAGCAGAACAGAAAUUGGACACAUCAAGAGAGCUGCCAUUCCUGAAAUGACGAUUUCUUCAAAAAGGAUACCAUGUUCCUGGCCCGAUAAGGAUGAAAAAGAAAUUGAAUUUUUUAAAAUUUUAAACAUUGUUAUAGUUUCACUAAUUUUAGUGAUACUAAUAUUGAUAUUCUUUUUCAACCAGCACAUAAUAACGUUCUUAAAUGAAAUCACUUCAAUAUGUUUCUCUGAAGUCUCCUUGUCUGUUUACCAAAGUUUAUCUAGUAACCUUUAUGAUUUAAAAAACAUAGUAUGCCACACUUUGCAUUUGUUAAAGGAAUUAAUGUGGAAAAUAGUUUCUCAUUGAAAGCCUCAAUCUUAACCGUUAAGUGGUCUUAAUCUGGCGAAGGUUAAACACCUUGCUAGUUAGAAAACUAAGGGUAGCAUAAGUAGCAAACAUGUAAAGUUGCCAUACAUCCAAAAAAAAAGUUAAACCUCCCAUGGUUGGAUGGAAAUGGUGUGUUGUUUAAAAAUGAGGUAUUAUCUGCAAUAGUUCAAAUCAUUAGAAAAUUAUAAAAUCUUAUCCCAUUUUUAUACCUUACCCCAUUUUUAUUGGCUUGAUAGAAUCAGUAGUACUUUGACAUUUAAAUAUCCUUGUUUAUCAGUAUUCUUUUUAUUACUAUAUUGCAAGGGUUGGCUUUGUAAAGUUCUUUAUGUAUAGAUUUUUGAUGAAGACACGGUCCUUAAGAGAUAUAUAUAUAUGAUAUAUAUAUAUCUAUCAUCUCUAUUUUGAUGUGGUUUGACACUUUUGAAUGUGUGGAUAAAAGAUGGUAAAAGUUUUGGUCAAAGUCAACUCAAAGCUGUUUUUUUUGGUCAUUUUUGGAGUCAGGGUCUCCCAGUAGUCCCAGCUGGCCUGGACCUUACUAUGUAGACCGGCUGGCCUCGAACCCAGAGAUUCACCUGCCUCUGCCUCCUGAAUGCUAGGAUUCAUGGUGUGUGCCACCAUGCCUGGCGCUCUUAUCUGUUUUAGAUUUAAGAGUGCGAAUGUGUUUGUCAUGAACCAUCCCAAGUAAAGCUUUUGCUUCUGGAUAAACCAAGUACCAGGGAACAAUGACAAUGUCUAAUCCAUACUUUAUAUUUAUUGUAUGACUGAAUUUAGGAGCUGGGUGUAUGUAAUUUAGGUAUACCUGAGGUCCUAGCUACUUGGGAGGUUGAGGAUAGAGAAUCCAGGUCAAAGUCAGCCUGGGAAUCAGUAGGAUCCCAUCUCAAAACACAUACCCACACUCAUGUUAAAAGAAAGGUCUAGAGGUCACUGGGUGUGGUUGCAAGCCUUUAAUCCCAGCUCAGUGGUAGAGUCCCUGCCUAGCACAGUCUCCAGCACCACAAAACAAAAAUUUGGUUUUGUAGUGUUUUAGUCGUUAUCAGUCCAACAGUUCUUAGCUAAAAAUUGACAUUCGUGUGUGAUUUCAUUUUCAAGACUUUGGUAUCAUGUAUUCAUCUUAAAAUUUCUGUCAAAUAUUCUGAAGGUUUUUUGAGACCUUGUAGUCAUAGAUGACCUGAACUUUGUAGACCAGGCUGGCCUUCAUCUCAGAUACUUACCUCUGCCUCUGGCUUGCUGGGAUUAAAGGCUUGUUCCUCCACGCCUAGCUACAUUCUUUUUUUGAGAUGGUCCUUUGUAGCCCUUGAACAUACUGGAAUCCUGCAACAGCCCUUACAAAUACUAGGAUUACAGCUGUGAACCAUACCUGGCUAAUCUUGCAUUCCUUUAACUUUUUGUUAAAAUAGCUCAUUAAGUCAGAGCCUUUAGUUCGCUCCCUUAAGAGUGACUGGAGUUUUUGAUGCUUGCAAUAGGACUUUGGUUUACUGCCUAGGAAAUCUUGACUACAAACUUGAUUUGCUUUCCAGAAACCCCAGAGGGGCUGCUGUUAGAGCAUCACCUCUGGGAGCCUUACCUAAUUUCAGAGAUUAGGCCUACUGAUUCAUUAUAAAUAAAACUAUCUUCAAGGUUAAAACUCUCAGAUGGUUAAGACUUUAGGAGUUUAAGUUUUAUCCCUAAGAUCAAGUCUUGAUGAUCACAAUUAACUGAGAACAUUUGAAAGGGAGAAACAUUUCAGUUUUUAACAAAUACACGUAUUUUAGUCAAAUCAUGAAUGCUCUUAUUUGGCCUUUUUGAGGCAGUGCUGGCCUGUCACUCAGUGUUGGGAUUAAAGGCAUGCGUCACCACACCUGGCUUGAAUGCUGUUUUUAAAUGUAAAUACUGACAAGGAGAAAAAUACAUGUUCUCUAUUAUGUCUGACACAGACAUUAAACUCUACAGAUGAGUAGCCAUACAGAAGUAUGAUGCAGGGUCAUGUUAGCAUUUGUAUCAGUAUAUAUAUGCUUAAGGAACCUGAAUAGACUAAGAUUAAUGUUGUUUAGGUUCAGCUUAUGGUUUAUAGCUAAAAAAAAAAAUGUAUGCCUGUUAACACAAGCCCCCUUCUAAAAAAAUUUUAUUGGGAGGACAAAAUUGUACAAUUUCAAAUCUUUGAGUUUUAUGUGUAACAUUUUAAUAAACAUGGUUAAUUUACUUGUGUUUGAAUGACUUGAUAAGAUGUAGCUUUGAUAUUUUCUUACGGGUUCUGAUUAUUGUGACUUGAACAUUUAGUACAGAACUCUAUGAUACUGGUUAUUAAAAUCUAAGUUCAGGGGCUGAAGAGAUGGCUCAGUG